CCGCGAUAUCGAAUAUGCAGUCGCCAGAUGAAUUCCUCGCGUUUGUGCAGGCCGAAGCCCCGAGACUCCAUCCGUCGACCUUCCGGCAUGCUUCGAGUCCGUCACUGGACGCCGACGGCAAGCCGCGUCUCCGUCGCGGCACGUCCGACCCACCGCCACCGACUGAGCUUCCAUCAUCUAACGAAGUCGACAUGACGAUGGAGCUCUUGCACAUGACAUUGCUAGAUAAUCCCACGUGGGCGAAUGUGUCCGACCGGAACCAGUGCUCGCUGCUCCACUGGGUCGCCCAGCGCGGUGCGCCGCCAUUGCUGCAACUCCUGCUGGACCACGGAGCAUCCGUCGACACCCCGGACGACAACGGCCUGUGGCCGGUCCACUGGGCAGCCGCCGCCAACAACCUCCCCGUGCUGCGAACGUUGCUACAGGCGCAUCGCGAGUUGCUCAACGCCCCCGAUUCAUUCAAGCAACGCACGCCGUUGAUUUUGGCUGUGCAACAUGGUCAUCUCGCAACGGUGUUGUAUUUGCUCCGGCAAGGAGCCGAUGCCAGCAGGGUGGACCAGUCAGGGGAUACGGUUGUGCAUUGGAGUGCGUACAAAGGCUUGUUGGAAACCCUUCGGGUGUGUUAUGCCUACGCUGACGCUCUUGGCGUCGACACUUUGCUCUUUCACGUCCCAGACGGGUUUGGGCAGACGCCGCUGCAUCUCGCGGCUGUUCGCGGGUGAGUCCCCAAUCGAUUCACAACUCAAUUUUUGUAUUGGAUAUAGCCAUGCCGAGAUAGUGGCCUUCUUGGUGGACGAAGUGAAUGUCGCGAUGGAGGGCGAGGACGACAAGGGCCGGACGCCGUUGGCGCUAGCUCGCUCUAAAGGCCACGGAGCGGCCGCCGCGGUCCUCCAGACGCGCCUCUAUCGCCGCCGCAGCGUCCUCCGAUUGAUUCGCCAUGCCUUGCGAAGUCGGUUCCCCCGGCUCGUUCGCCGGCUGCCGAUUGUGUUUCAAGCGACGAAUUUGCUGGUCGUGCCUUGUUGGUACGGCGGUGUGUUUUCGCGCUACGAUGGCUUGGCCACGGCUAUGACGUGGCACUCUGUGCUUCUUGCUGUCACGUGGUUCUUCUUUGGCUGCGCUGCGUGGCUAGAUCCAGGCACAGUGGCCCACGACCGCAAAUAUGUCGAGGAAUACACGACGACCAUGCAGCGCUGCUUGCUCCAAGAGUAUGAAGGCGACGAUGCCAGCAACUUGGCGAGAAACCAGGGCGAGCAACCAUUAGACGAACGGCUGCGACGGUUUUGCCAUACAUGCCACGUGGCCCAGCCGCGCCGCUCCAAGCACUGCAAUGUAUGCCAUCGCUGUGUGCUCUUGUUCGACCACCAGUACGAUGGUUCCAUUUCGCUCGAUACAACGUCAUUUCGGUGGGGUGCUUUUCACGACGUUCGUUUCUCUCGUAGCUGUCCCUUCUUGGGCACUUGCGUGGGCCGUAACAACUACACGUUCUUCCUUGCAUUUACCAUCUGUAUGUCCAUCGCGGCGCUGUCAUUAGCGUGGAUGUGGUACACGACAUGGAUGCACAUGGACCCCGAAGCGACGUUAUGGUGUGUCCUAGCAGCAUCCUACUACACCCUAGUGGGUCUCUGCGCCGCUGGACUCUUUAUAUUCCACCUCGUUCUCGCCGCAAAGAACCGCACGACGCAUGAGUUCCGCGCUGCUGGCUGCACCUUUAACGAGACCGACGACCUCCAUCGUGAAAGCGGAAGCUGGCGACAGAACUACCUUGGCCGACUCUGUGUGAGUGUAUACCACUACGUUGAUAUGAUCAAGACGCAGCGCCCCCAACACCGCAAGCAUGUGAAAGUCGAGAUCGACCAUCGCCGCGAUUACGUGUAGGCAGGCCUGAAAAAGUGGGUGACUUUUAUAUCCGGCGUUUCGAAAAAAGUUAUCCCGUGAUUUGGUGCGGAAUGUAUGCGUACACUAUUAAAAGGUCGCAACCUCUGCUUGAACUUCAAUGUCAACGUAAGCCAGC